GCGGACCAGCGACGGGAGCUUCUAGUGGUGGAACUGCACCUCGCGCCCCCAAAGCUGGCGGACCAGCGACGGGAGCUUCUAGUGGUGGAACUGCAUCUGCUCAGCACAAAGCUAGUCCGCCACCCGAGACUGCUCCGAACAGUAGACCGCAUCACGAUGCUCGCGCCAGCAGUUCCGCUCCGGGUCGCACUACACCACCAUCUCAUGGAAAUAGUAGUGGAUCAACGAAUGGUACACCUUCUGCGCCUGGAGCUGGUGCGUCGGGCAACUCCACAGGAGGCGGCCCGGCGCCAACUGGACGUGGAGCUAGUGCACCAGGAGCCGGCACUAGGGGCGGUGCGGGUGCUGGCCCCUCAAGUGGUGGUGGUGAGAGCAACGGCGCUUCAAGCGAAGAUGAGGGUGGCCGUCGACGUGGAGGCAGUGAUGGUGGUGCGCGCGGUGGUGAUGGACACGACCGUCCGAAUAGCCCUCGAAGCGACAAUGAUGAUGAGGAGACUGAUGGAGAGGGCCAGGAUGGUAGACGCGAUGGUGGUGGACGCGAUGAUGGUGGACGCGAUGAUGGUGGACGCGAUGAUGGUGGACGCGAUGAUGGUGGACGCGAUGAUGGUGGACGCGAUGAUGGUGGACGCGAUGGCGGCUCAGGAGGAAAUGGGGAUGACGAUAGUGGCGACAGCGAUAGUAAUGCUAGCAACGGCGAUAUCAGUGACGAAAGCGUCGAGCGUUCAGAAGCCGCAGAGUCUGAGGAUGGUCGUGAAGAUGAACACAGGGUAAGGGGAAGAGGUAAGCCACGUCGCAGGCGUAGCGCCAAAGGACGCGGAGAAAAGGCAGCUCCAAAAGAAGCUGCACCAAAAGCCGCCGCUGAAGGAACAGGAGGCGCAGGAAGCGGAGGUGCAGGAAACGGCCACGGAGGCAGCGGCGUGCCUCCUCCUCCCUCUCCUAGACGUGGACUAAGUCCGAUCUGGAUCGUGUUGAUCGUAAGUUUGUCGGUCGUGUGCAUUUUGCUCCUGGCGUAUGCUGGCUACUACAUCUGGCAAAAACGCACGGCGCAGCAUCAAGUGAAGGUCUUUACUCCGCGAAACUCAUUCGUAGACGCGGACUUGGAAACAGGUGACGCUGUAGAAGACGCAGGAAUUGGAGUUGAGGACGCUGCUCUAGAAGACGCAGUGGCCGGUGAUGUUGGUUCUUCCGACAGCGAGUGGGACGCUGAUAACGACCUCGCGGCCUACUACGAUCGCAUCUUUCCGGGUGAAGACGUCUGA